UUGGCCUUCUCUUUCUCUGUGUCCAAAACAACUAAAACUCGCAUACAGAGAGAAGAAACCAUGGCCACCAAAAUCAUCAGCAUUGCAACACUCUUACUAGCUCUCUUCACAACAACACAAGCCAGAAUCCCCGGUGUCUACACUGGCUCCGCAUGGGAGACUGCUCACGCCACAUUCUACGGUGGCAGCGACGCCUCCGGAACAAUGGGAGGAGCAUGUGGUUAUGGAAACUUGUACAGCCAAGGGUACGGCGUGAACACGGCGGCGUUGAGCACUGCACUGUUCAACAAUGGCUUCAGCUGCGGAGCGUGUUUCGAGAUCAAAUGCGCCAACGACCCCAACUGGUGCCAUGCGGGUUCGCCAUCGAUAUUCGUGACGGCAACUAACUUCUGCCCUCCCAACUACGCUCUCCCAAGUGACAAUGGAGGUUGGUGCAACCCUCCAAGGCCACACUUCGAUCUCGCCAUGCCCAUGUUCCUCAAGAUCGCUCAGUACCGCGCUGGCAUUGUUCCCGUCUCUUACCGCAGGGUUCCAUGCCGCAAGCAAGGUGGGAUGAGAUUCACGAUCAACGGUUUCCGUUACUUCAACUUGGUUUUGAUCACGAACGUGGCAGGUGCAGGGGAUGUCAUGAGGGCGAGUGUGAAGGGUUCCAAUACAGGGUGGAUGACCAUGAGCCGUAACUGGGGUCAAAACUGGCAAUCAAACUCUGUUUUGGUUGGUCAGUCACUCUCCUUCAGGGUCACAGCCAGUGACCGUCGCACUUCCACUUCUUGGAACAUUGCACCCUCUAAUUGGCAAUUUGGCCAAACCUUCACCGGCAAAAACUUUAGGGUCUAAAAACAUACAUACAAACAUGUUAUGGGAAAGUUUUCGAGUAUACCGCUACACUAGUAUUUCAAUGAUUUUUAACAGUUAUUCUAAUUAUAUAUAUUAUAUAUAUUUUUUAUAAUUAAGAUUAACGGUUAAAAAUUAUUGAAAUAUCGGUAUAUCGAUAUAUUUAAAAAUUUUUCCAUGUUAUUAUCUUAUAUAUUUUAUUUGUGAAAUAUUUGUAUCCAUUUGCAUAUUAUUCAUCAUUAAACGAGGUAUAGACUCACUUUAAGUGGAGUUUAUAUUUUAUCUAAUGAUAAAUAAUAUUUGAAUUGGUACAAUAUUUCACAUCUUAUAUAUAUAUGUUCAAUGAACAUCAUUAAAUAGAAAAUUAAAAAGCGGUGGUAUGUAUUAGUGAUACUUUUUGACAUUUUCUUUGUCUUGUUUUGAGGUAGUGGGGAAUCAAUCAAAUAUAUGUCUUCGGUAUAUGGGUUUAGGUUUUUCUUCAAGGUUUUUAUUAUUUUAUAUAGAUCUCUCUCCAUUUUGAGUAAAAGAUGGAAGGAGAAUAUGAUGAUGUAAUGAACUUUUUGAAAGGAGCUGAAGUGGCUUGCAAGUUUAUAUGCCCGCAGCUAUGCUUACUUAUAUAUAUAUUAUAUAUAUAUAACAUGA